UACAGAGGAGCUUCAAAGACUAGCUCAUCAACAACCGGUUCAUCUAACUCAACAACAUCCUCAAACAUCCCAGCACCGAACUUUACGUUUCCAACAAAUGCACAGAAUAUUUCGACGGCUAAUGAUCCGGAAUUUAUUAGACGUUUUCAGCAACUUAUGCAACCCGCAAAUAUCCGUGCUUUACUUGCUACUGGGGGUGAUGUCAAUUCUGCCAUUGAAUUCCUGUUGGCUCAUCGAAGUUGA